CGUUUCUGAGAUCUUACGUUGUACCUGAAGGAUUCCCAGCAAGUGUCAAUGAGUCUUAUGUUCCUUACAUGACAUUCCGAGCUUUGAAGUAUUUCUUUGGUGGAGCCAUGGGUGUGUUCACCACUCAGACCCUUCUCAACUCUGUUGGAGCCUCAAGGAACAGUUCUGCUUCUGCUGCUGUUGCCAUCAACUGGAUUCUCAAGGAUGGUGCUGGCCGUGUUGGAAAAAUGAUUUUUGCAAGGCAGGGAAAGAAAUUUGAUUAUGAUUUGAAACAGUUACGUUUUGCUGGGGAUCUUUUGAUGGAGCUUGGUGCUGCUGUAGAGUUAGCCACUUCUGCAGCUCCACACCUUUUCCUUCCUCUCGCUUGUGCUGCUAAUGUUGUAAAGAACGUUGCAGCUGUAACAUCAACGUCUACUCGCACGCCUAUCUAUAAAGCCUUUGCUAAAGGCGAGAACAUAGGAGAUGUCACUGCUAAGGGAGAGUGUGUUGCUAACGUUGCAGAUUUGAUGGGAACUGGAUUUAGUAUAUUAAUAUCCAAAAGAAAUCUUUCUUUGGUCACAACCUUUGGUCUUUUAUCAUGUGGCUAUCUCCUGAGCUCAUACCAAGAGGUUAGAUCUGUAGUAUUGCAUACACUAAACCGUGCAAGAUUUACAGUAGCAGUGGAGUCCUUUCUCAAGACUGGGCGGGUUCCCUCAUUACAGGAAGGUAAUAUCCAAGAAAAGAUAUUUACUUUUCCAUGGGUGGAGGAUCGACCAGUGAUGCUUGGAGCCAGAUUUAAGGAUGCAUUCCAAGACCCCACCACAUAUCUGGCAGUAAAGCCCUUUUUCGAUAAAGAAAGAUACAUGGUGACUUACAGCCCUACCAAUGGUAAAGUCUGUGCACUCCUCAAGCAUCAAGCUAACUCAGAUGACAUUCUCAAAGCGGCAUUUCAUGCACAUGUGCUUCUUCAUUUCAUGAAUCAAUCAAAAGAUGAUAUCAAAAAGUCAGUGGAGCAACCAGGCUGUUUUAGCUCCACGGAAUAUGAGCUGGAUUCUCGAAUAGCAGAGUCGUGUGAAAUGGUUUCUACCUCAUAUGGAAUCUUCAAGACCAGGGCUGCAGAACAGGGUUGGAGAAUGUCAGAAUCUCUGCUGAAUCCUGGCCGGGCUAGGUUAUGUCAAAUGAAUGAGGAGAGGGAGUAGAGUAAACCACACCUGAAUCGGCUUCGAUAAUAGUUCCGCGCACGCUAUAUUUUGUUGUAUAGGAAACAACAGAUUUUGGUCGGUACACGUUUUAUAUUAACUGCGCAGUAAAAAAAACAGAAUGAUAUGUAAAUUGUGAGGCAAAAGACGAAGCUAUAACGUGAUUUUA